ACUGCUCGAUGCAGCAUAAACACAAUAACAGACAUGAAACAGUUUAAGCAUAAUGCAAAAUAGAGAUGAACUAGUUUAAAGUAAAGGCAUCGCGGGGAGGCAGCGGACAUGGCUGCUGCUGGUUUACUCCUCGUUGCAGUGAACCUCGCUUGUUUAUCUUUCAGUGGAAACUUGGUCUCUGGAGAAAGAUCAUUCUCUAUAGACUACCAAAACAACUGUUUCCUCAAAGAUGGGAAGCCCUUUCAGUACAUCUCAGGCAGUAUUCACUACUCCAGAAUCCCUCAGUACUACUGGAAGGACCGUCUCGUAAAGAUGUACAUGACUGGACUCAAUGCGAUCCAAGUAUAUGUGCCUUGGAACUUCCAUGAACCGGUACAGGGGGUCCAGAACUUCACAGGGGGCCGAGAUCUGGAACAUUUUUUGGAUCUGGCCAAUCAGACAGGUCUUCUGGUCAUUUUGCGUCCCGGACCGUACAUCUGUGCAGAGUGGGAAAUGGGUGGAUUGCCAGCGUGGCUACUUCAGAAACCAAACAUCAUGCUUCGCACAGCUGACACAGAUUAUCUCCAGGCAGUCAGCAACUGGCUUGCUGUUCUUUUGCCCAAAAUGAAGCGUUGGCUGUAUAUCAACGGGGGCAACAUCAUUACCGUCCAGGUGGAGAAUGAGUAUGGAAGUUACUUCGCUUGUGACUACAACUACAUGCGUCACCUGCGUACUCUGUUUCGCCUCUUUCUGGGUGAAGACACAGUCCUGUUCACCACUGAUGGAAACACAGACAAAGAAAUGACAUGCGGGUCUCUGGAGGGAUUAUAUGCCACAGUGGACUUUGGCACAGACACCAACAUAACUAAAGCCUUCAGCCUGCAAAGACGGUUUGAACCUCGAGGGCCCCUGGUGAACUCCGAGUUCUACACCGGCUGGUUGGACCACUGGGGAGAUCAGCAUGCCGUGGUUGAUGGGCAGAAGGUCAGCAGAAUGCUUGAAAAAAUGCUAAUCAUGGGGGCCAACGUCAACAUGUACAUGUUUGAAGGAGGCUCUAACUUUGGCUACUGGAAUGGUGCCGAUCACGACACGAGGUUCCGCUCGGUAGUGACUAGUUAUGAUUACGAUGCCCCGCUGUCUGAGGCAGGAGACCCCACAGAGAAGCUGUUGGCCAUCAGAGAUGUCAUUAAGCAGUUUAGAGAUAUUCCCGCUGGCCCCAUGCCACCAGCGACCCCCAAGUUUGCCUAUGGCUUUGUGACCCUGACAAAGGUGGGAAACAUCGGCGGCCUGUUAAACACGCUCUCACCUCUCGGGCCAGUGAAAUCCCAGUAUCCUCUGACGUUUGAAGAGAUGAAACAGUACUAUGGAUACAUGCUUUAUCGGACCACGCUGCCCCGGGACCUCUCAGAGCCUACGCCACUUAUCUCUCCACUGAAUGGGGUUCAUGACCGUGCAUAUGUGUCCGUCAAUGGGGUUUUCCAGGGUCUGUUGGAGAGAGACACUGUGCUUGUGAUGAACCUAACUGGACAGCAGGGGGACACUGUGGACAUCCUGGUUGAGAACAUGGGCAGGGUGAACUUUGGCAGCAAGAUCAAUGACUUCAAGGGCCUCUUGAGCAACUUGAUCCUGGGUAAAGAUGUACUGACUGGCUGGACUAUCUAUCCUUUGGAUAUUGAUGGAGCCAUCGCUGGAGGAUGGCCUCAUUCAGACAGUCGAGAGUCCUUCCCCGUCCCUCAGAAAGACCCAUCAGUUGGACCAGUGUUGUACAUGGGGACCUUACAGCCCAACGGCCUGGCCUGGGACACCUUUCUCAAGCUCAAUGAAUGGACAAAGGGUCAGGUUUGGAUUAAUGGUAUGAAUCUGGGACGAUACUGGCCAGCAAGGGGCCCUCAACAGACUCUUUAUAUCCCUGGACCCCUGCUCAGCACCACCCUACCCAACAAUAUCACAGUGCUGGAGCUGGAGAGGGCCCCAGCACACCUACGGGUUCUUUUCAUGGACAGGCCUCAUCUUGAUGUCAUUGCUGAAAAGACUUAACGGAGCGCACAGAUUUGAAUAACACAACAUUUUCCCAACAUUCAGCUGAAGGAAUGCUCGUGCCAAUAUCUGAAUAAAGCAAGCCUGUGAACAAUCAGCAUUGUUUU